AUGGAGCGAAAUUGGACUCAUUUGGUUCGAUUUAUUGCCGAAGAGGAUAAUCAGGUCCAUCUGGGCCAGAUUGAUCCUUCAAUAGACAUUGGACUCAAUAUCGAGGCAGGUAAACUAGUAAAGGCAAACCUCGUCAUUGGCAGCGCGUUUGACGGGAAAGUAUCCAAUAAGAUCUUGACAGUUAAGCAGCUCCUUUGCCCUCUAGCCCAGCACGAAAUACCAAUAGUUCGCUGCCUUGGUCUUAACUACCGUGAUCAUGCGGCGGAAGCAAACAUUCCCGUUCCCAAUGAACCUAUCCUCUUCAUAAAACCCCGGACGUCUAUUAGUUCGCCAUAUCCCGCAACGAUUAACGUGCCAUUGAUUGCUCAGGAUGGCACAAGCGACUACGAAGCGGAACUUGCGUUUAUCAUUUCGAAAGAUGGGCGCGAUAUUCCAGAAGAGGAAGCACAGGAAUAUGUUCUCGGCUAUACCUGUAGUAAUGAUAUUUCUUGCAGGAGUCAACAGUUCAAAAACAGUCAGUGGUCAUUCUCCAAGGGAUUUGAUGGCUCAGCGCCAAUUGGCCCUGUACUCGUCAGGCCAGACGUGAUCGGAGAUCCUCCGAUAUUAGACAUUCAAGGGAUUCACAACGGGACUAUUGUGCAGAGCUCCAAUACCAGGGAACUCAUUUUUAGUAUAAACAAGACUAUUUCGUUUCUUUCACAGGGCACAACGCUUGAGCGAGGCACUGUCGUCAUGACCGGUACGGGACCUGGGAUAGGAGGACUUAGGAGCCCCAAGAUAGUCUUGCAGCAUGGAGACGAUAUGAGAGUGCAUAUUGAGAAAAUUGGGACACUGAUCAACAAAGUGUAUUAUGAGUAG